CAGUUCAGUUCUUGAGUCUCGCCGCCGGCCUGCGCUGCUCUGCGAGCGAUCUCCUUCCUCCCCGACCAAGGAAUCCCUCAGCACCAACCCACCAAAACCCGCCUAAAACCCUAGAGCACACCCGCGCCCCGUGCAGGAUGGUUUCCAAGAAGCCGACAGCAGCCGCGGCGGGUGCCGGAGACGCGGACGCGGACGAGCGGCGGCGGCUCCGGUCGCUGGCCGUCUCCAAGGGCCUGCUGCGGCACGGCGUCCCGGCGGCCCCGCGGGUGGUGCUUCCCCCUUCCAACACCGUGUCCAGGCUGCAGGGGCGCGACAUCGUGCGGCGCGGCGGUCAGCGCAAGAGCCGCUUCCUCUUCUCCUUCCCCGGCCUCCUCGCGCCCCAGGCCGCAGCCUCGGGCGCCGGCCGCAUAGGGGAGCUCGCCGACCUCGGGAGCAAGAACCCAGUCCUCUACCUCGAGUUCCAGCAGGGGAGGAUGAAGCUGCUAGGGACGCACGUGUACCCCAGGAACAAGUACCUGACGCUGCAGAUGACGAGGUCCGCCAAGGGCGUCGCGUGCGAGGAUGUGUUCGAGAGCCUCAUUGUGUUUUCUGAAGCCUAUUGGAUUGGGACAAAAGAAGAGAAUCCUGAAGAACUGAAACUUGAGUUUCCCAAAGAUAUACAAAAUGAUGGGGCUGCGGCAGAUUGUGAUUUUAAAGGCGGAGCAGGCGCUGCCAGUGGUGAAGUAAUUACAGACAAUAAACCUGGAAAGGAGAUUGCGGAACCCCUUUCACCAAAGUCAGAAUCGGAUGCUGAUUCUGAGGAUUCAGAUCGUAACGACGGGAAUGGCGCUCAGACUAUGAGUGAACCACCUGUUAGGCAAUCUGCUAGAACUGCUGGGAAAGCCUUAAAAUAUGCAGAGCUAUUUGCUGGAGGAGAUUCAGCUGACAGUGACAAUGGGUUUGAGGUCCCAGAGGAUUUGGAUGAGAAGAUGAAGAGUCCCGAAAUGAAGAAAGAAAUCCCAAGUGAAGACAUUAAACUUGCAGAGUGUUCAGCACAUUCUCUUCCCAUCAAGAAGGAACCACUUGUUCAGGCUACUUUAUCUACCAUGUUUAAAAAAGCAGAAGAGAGAAAGAGAUCUACAAGAAGUCCUAAAGAAUCUCCAGCUACAAAAGGUCCUGCUGCUAAGAAGCAGCGAGCAACUCCAAAGGAAAAACAGCCAGCGGCGAAGAAGGAAGCCAGCGGAUCGCGCAGAAAGCAGAAAACAAAGGUAGAAGAGCUCUCCGAUUCCUCUCAGGAUCACGGUAUGGAUGAUGAUGAUAGCGACGAGGACUGGGCCGGGUAAGGAACUAAGAAUGACGAGAUCCAGACUUGAUAUCAAAUGAAAGGAUACAUCGCCUGGGCAAGAGAGCUAGACACACUCCUCAGGCUGGUACACCAUGGUUGCUGCUGCUGAUGUAAAAAAAUUGAUAUCCCAUGAAAUUGUCGAUGUAAAUUUUUUUAUACCUUGUAAACAGCUUCAUCUGUAUUACGCAGGAAUUGAUGAAUUAGUAGUAGGAAGGAGCCGGUUAAUGUUAGGUUGUUUUAUUAGACUUGUUGUGAUAGAAGAAGUAGCACAAUCUGACAUUAUGUCCAAUUUUAUUUUAUUUUUGGACAUUGAACCUGUGGUUAGUACCAUUCAACACAUAAUUUGUUUAAUUUGAAUUUCAGUAACUAUA